UGCAGGCGCAGGUGAAGGUCGCGAAGAAGAAAAGCUUCUGCAAGAGCUUUCUGACAGACGCGAAAGAUUACGUCGUCCUUUUCAUCAGCACAUUGUUACGUAACAACAAGGACAAUCAACGCUGCCCUACUGGACCUACAGGAUCAAGAGAAAAACAGAAGAGGAAGGGAGUCUUACGCUGAACGCAGUACAGUGAACAUCGGCCAAAAUAAGGGAACAUUUUUAUCAACGGUGAGCCAUAAAAAAAAUACUCAUUCGGAAGAAGAGGAUCUAUUUUGUUUGUUCAUUAAGGAAGAAAAUUAAUUUUUUGAUUCAUAAUUAUAUUUUGAUUUCUGUUUUGGGUGAUCGUCGUGGUGGCUGCGAUGUGGUGGACAACCUCGUUGAGUUUGUCGACUUGGUAUCGUUUCUCGCAGAAUCCGACUGUCGUGUCCAUCGAACGCAACUACAAAGAGUGGAGGACAAACUUCCCAGCGGUUUCUCUCUGCCCUUUGAUGAAAUACGAAUCGGAGAGCGUUGACGCCUAUGUCGAAACAAACUUUAAACACGUAGAAGACAAAGACGGUUUGACCUUCUUCAUAGAAGGAUUGGUCAACACUACGCUGAUAAACAACGAGCUAAACGGUGACAACAUCCACAUCAAACCGAAAGAUUACUGGAAGUUACUCGAAGACGUCAAGCUGGUUUUGAAGUACAACGUCAGCAACAGCAAUAUGAACAUGUACAGCGUACUGGAAAUGACGAAGAGUUUUACAGAGAGCGGUUUAUGCUACGUUUAUAACUCAGCGAUUGCACAAUACAGCAGUCCAAAGUGUUGGAAGACAAACAAUUGCCCAUUUGAACCAGACAUUCAGACAUUCAAAGGAAGUCCUCUUGACGGGGAUAUUUUCGCACAGCUCAUGAACAUGAACACUGGUUAUGAGCUGUUCAUACACGGACCCUGGGAGGUGCCGGACGCAGCGAUCGCCAAUAUAAGAGCGGAGAACAACUCAUACAAAACUUUGGACGUGACGGCCCAAAGCAUUUACAGUACGGAAGCGGCUGCAGAGCUGACGAUCUCUCAGAGGAAGUGCAGGCACCCAGGGGAAUCGAAUCUCGCCAUCAGCCCCGUUUACUCGUACAACAUGUGCAGAAUGGACUGCAGGGUGAAAAAAAUGAUCUCCAUGUGUAACUGCGUUCCACACUUUUACCGUCACAUGGGAAGGAAGACGAAAGUGUGUAAUUCAAGAGGUUUGGCAUGCGUCAAGAAACAUCGAGAUUUUUUUAUAAAACUGAGAGAUCCUGUGACGGAGGCGAAGGUCCAGUGCGAUUGCGUUCCUUCAUGUAACGAAGACAACUUUCUUGUCGACACUGACAACACCAUGUCCUGGAAUCUUGGCACCAACUUGAAAUGGGGCUUGACCAAAUAUCCGAAGAUGAGGCUGAAAAGGGAUGUUAUAUUCGGCUGGUCCGAUUUGCUGGUUUCGAUUGGCGGUACAGCAGGAUUGUUCUUGGGCUGCAGCUUAUUAAGCUUCGCUGAAAUAUUUUAUUUUCUCACAUUACAACUUUUCCUGUUUAUAUUACAAAGAUGCAAUAAUUAAUGUUACUUUAUUUGCACGUCUUAAUUCUUGUGGUACACUUAGUGGAAAAUAAACUUAAUAAUAUAGUCCAAACUCGAUCUCUUUUCGGAAUCCUGUACAAAUGACAUCGCAGAAUCAAAUUUUUAUCAACUAUCGUACUACAUAAUUUUGUGUACUACUUUAUAGUAAGGCCGAUCUCACAGAUUUUAUCAGAUGGACGAAAAAAUCAUAAGCUGAGAAGGAAGAAAUUAGGGAAAAUUGAGAUAAUCAGAUUACGAAUACUCAAGACAGAAACGAUUUAAAUAAUUUUUUUAGUACAACACACACAAAGAAAAAAAGUAGUCACAAUAGAAAUCAUCAGUAAAAAUGCUAAAUAUGAACGAGCAGCAAUUUUUUUCAUAUUAGCGUUACAACUGCCGAUUCCUGCUCGCCGCAUUUUCCAGCACGACAUCAGCAGGUCAAAAGUAAGAUACGUUUCAGCA